CUCGCUGCGGCGCUCGGCCUUGGAGGCGGGGCCGGCCCAGCGCGGGGGGGAGCACGGGGGAGUCCCAGCAGCCCGAGGCGGCGGCCGCCCCGCCACCCGCCCGGCCACUUGCCCGGGCGCCAGCGUGGGGACAGGGGAGCGCGGCUGGCCUGCGCCCGCGGUGACCUGGGCGCGCUCGCGGCCCGAGCCGCCCAAGGACCCAGCGGGCGUGUCCCCGUGUCCCCAGCGGCCGAGACUGAGUUGACUGCGCGCGAAACUUUUACACACGCGCCUUGGCGCUGCAGCCAGGAACUGGCCGCCCCUGCCACCCGCCGGGACCCAGCGCCCCUGGGGAUCUGAGCGGGGGAGCGGCCCGCGGCCCCCCCCCCCCCGCCCCACGCCCUCCUUUGGGGCGCAACCGGGCGGGGCCGGGCCCGGGCGAUGGCCGCGGAGCUGGCGAUGGGCGCCGAGCUGCCCAGUAGCCCGCUGGCCAUCGAGUACGUCAACGACUUCGACCUGAUGAAGUUCGAGGUGAAGAAGGAACCCCCCGAGGCCGAGCGUUUCUGCCACCGCCUGCCUCCCGGCUCGUUGUCCUCGACGCCUCUCAGCACGCCCUGCUCCUCCGUGCCCUCCUCGCCCAGCUUCUGCGCGCCCAGCCCGGGCGCCGGGGCCGGCGGCGGCGCAGCGGGCGGCGGCGGUGCAGCGCAGGCCGGGGGCACCCCGGGCGCGGCGAGCGGGGGUCCCGGCGCCGUCGGGGGCGCCUCGGGGAAGCCGGCGCUGGAGGAUCUGUACUGGAUGAGCGGCUACCAGCACCACCUGAACCCCGAGGCGCUCAGCCUGACGCCGGAGGACGCGGUGGAGGCGCUCAUCGGCAGCGGCCAGCACGCCGGGCACCACGGCGCGCACCACCCGGCAGCGGCGGCGGCCUACGAGGCCUUCCGGGGCCAGGGCUUCGCGGGCGGCGGCGCGGGGGACGUGGGCGCCGGCCACCCCCACGGCGCGCACCACGGCGCCCACCACCACCACGCCGCUCACCACCACCACCACCACCACCACCACGGCGGCGGCGCGGGCCACCACGUGCGCCUGGAGGAGCGCUUCUCCGACGACCAGCUGGUGUCCAUGUCGGUGCGCGAGCUGAACCGGCAGCUGCGCGGCGUCAGCAAGGAGGAGGUGAUCCGGCUGAAGCAGAAGCGGCGCACGCUCAAGAACCGCGGCUACGCGCAGUCCUGCCGCUUCAAGCGCGUGCAGCAGCGGCACAUCCUGGAGAGCGAGAAGUGCCAGCUGCAGGGCCAGGUGGAGCAGCUGAAGCUGGAGGUGGGGCGCCUGGCCAAGGAGCGGGACCUGUACAAGGAGAAGUACGAGAAGCUGGCGGGCCGCGGCGGCUCCGGGGGCGCGGGCGGGCCCGGCUUCCCGCGGGAGUCCUCGCCGCCGCAGGCCGGGCCCGGCGGGGCCAAGGGCGCGCCCGACUUCUUCCUGUGACUCGGGCCCGAGCCCGCGCCGCCGCCUCCGGGAGAGGCUUAGACCCCGCGGGCCGGGACUAGGACGCGAGGCCGCCCGGAGUCAGCGCCGCCGCUGCGGGCCAGCCCUGGGCACCCGCUCCCGGUCCGCGGGCGCCAGACCCGAGGCUCUCCCCGCGCACCUGCCGGGCCGCGGCUCCUCCGCGCGGGGAGCGCAGUGAUUUCCAGGAAAGUGGCUCCGGGUCCGACUUCCCCGGGAGCCCCACGUGCACGCCCUCGCUCGUUUCUCCUUCGCCUCCAGUCCUCGCCCUUGUUUACGACUCCGUUUGAAGCGGUCUUGUUUUCGACGUGUUUGUAAUUUAUUUCGCUUGGCGAUUAGAAAAGGCCCCGGAAGAGGCUCGCUCCUGCCCGCCGGGGUCUCCCUUGGACAUCCGCGUUCCCAGCAUGUGCCGCCCGCCCCGCCCCGCCCCGCCCCGCCCCGCCUGGUCCCGCCUGGUCCCUGGGAGAUGCAGGCCCAGGAGCCGGGGCUGCACCCAGUCCUGCUGCCUGUGGAGGGGGGAGGGGGGCUCGGACCCGCGCCGCGCGUUCUCUGUGCACCAGAGGGUACUAUGACUCGGGGAGACGCAUCUUAUUUAACCUUCAAGAGGAAUGAAAGAAAAAAGUGUGACCGCGUUUCUAGCAGAAAAACCAUUUUAAGCGGAGGUUUUGGCCUGAACCUCCCGGCAUGGGGGUGGGUGAAAAAAAAGUGUCUCUAUUUUCAUUUAAAUUGUUUCGUUUUGUUUGUGGGUUUUUUUAAAAAAGCCCGACCUUCAUGGGCGAGCGGGAGGGUGGGGAGGCCGGCGCUCCGUUUGGCUGGGCUGUUGGCUCCUUUUUCAUUUGCUGCGAAACUGCGGAAAGGGGAGGAGAGAGGGGGAGCGCCAAUAAACCCGCUGAGGCCGAAACGAGUCGCUGGGGCGCUGGUUUCCUUUCUGUCGCGCUUCUCCCUGAUCAGAAGGGGACCCUGGUCUGCGCCCUGCCUCCGCUCUGGGCCACGGGGAGCCGCCGCCCUCCGCCCGCCCCGCCAGGCGGGGAGGGGCCGCUGGGGCGCCCUUGGUGGUGGCCCCACGUGCAGUGCCUGGUGUCCUGGUGGCCAGCGCUGAGCCUGGGGUCUCCCCUCUGAAGAGCGGCCUGGCCUCCAUCCCCGCAAGGCCAAGGCCUGGACAGCGGCCGGAGCCUGACUGUCACCUCCCUUCACAGAGGAGGGAGCUGGUGACCCCGCGGCUGGCACUUUCGGGGAGAAGGGCUCCGGCCGCUCCGGGUAGAGGGCUGCGGUCCCGUGAGCUGAGCGUCGCCAACGUUUGGUUUAUUGUCUCCAAAAGGCGAGGCUGCGCUUGGGAAUAAAACUCAGAGCGAAGGUUGAGCAGCACCCAGGUCCCGGGGCAGCGCCCCCAGCGCGCAGGGUCUGCGCUGAGCCCGCCGAGCGGGGAACUGUGUGCCCGGAGCCGACGGACGAAAUUGGCUGCGGGUGACCCGGGAGGGGCCCAGCCGGUCCCAGCACCUCAGGACG